AUUUCAAUAACGGUGAAUGAAAACGCUCACAAUGGAAGCCGGAGGACAAAGGCGCGGAUGGGAGUGCUGCUGGAUUUUUCUGUGUUUCUGUUCGCUCGUGUGCUUCGGACAGCAAGCUUCUGCGCAGAUAAGAUACACUGUACCAGAAGAAGUAAAAGAGGGAUCUGUUGUUGGAAAUUGUGCUAAGGAUUUGGGUCUUGAUGUCAGUACACUGGUGGACAGACGAUUUCGCAUCGUUUCUGGAUCAAAUGACGCUCUUUUUGAGGUAAAUCAGAACAAUGGCAUAUUGUAUGUGAAUAAGCAGAUUGACAGAGAGGAGGUGUGUGAUGGAAAUACCGCCUGCUUGUUUAAUUUGAAGAUAGUUGUCGAAAAGCCUCUCGAAGUCCAUUAUGUUGAGGUUGAAAUAACAGAUGUGAAUGAUCACUCCCCAUCUUUCAAUGAUAAAGACUUAUAUCUUGAGAUUGCGGAGAGCACUGUAACUGGAACAAGAUUUGAACUACAAACUGCUCGAGAUCUGGAUGUGGGAGUUAAUUCAGUGCGAUUUUACCAGCUGAGUAAAAAUGGACAUUUCGAUUUAGAAAUUAAAGAUAGUGUAUAUGGUGAUAAAACUCCUUUCUUAGUAUUACAGAAACCAUUAGACCGGGAAACCACUGAAAUACACAGACUAUUGUUAACUGCAGCAGAUGGUGGAGGUCCACCAAAAUCGGGCACUCUUAAUAUCACCGUCUUUGUUUUGGAUGUAAAUGAUAACCGCCCCAUGUGCAGUAGUGACACUACAACUAUAACACUGCGGGAAAAUGCAGUGAUGGAUACUGUAGUUACAAUUAUGAAUGCAAGUGAUGCAGACAGUGGUAUCAACGGUGAAGUAGAAUACACAUACGGUAGAAACAUGAAACCAAAAGUACUUGAUAUAUUUCACUUAGACCGAAAGUCGGGGGAAAUACGAGUUAAAGGUUUGAUUGACUUUGAAGAGAAUGAAAUAUACAGUUUGAUAAUCAGAGCAUCGGAUAAAGGCAUCCCUCCUAUUAACACCGACUGUCAGCUUAUCAUUAAGGUGGAAGAUGUGAAUGAUAAUAAACCUGAAAUACAAGUCACCUCUCUUUCUAAUGUAGUUAUGGAGGAUGCAAAAGUCGGAACAGUUAUUUCUCUCAUCAGUGUAAGUGAUAAAGAUUCUGGAAUUAAUGGGAAAGUUGUUUGUAGCCUUUCUGACAGUGUACCGUUUGAGUUAAAGCCGUCAAUUCAGGAAAACAUGUAUUCUCUUGUAACGAAAGAGCGAUUAGAUCGAGAACUAGUGCCUGAAUAUGAUAUAAAAAUAACAGCAACAGAUUUAGGAAACCCGCCCUUGUCAACCUAUAAAAGCAUGCUUGUACAGGUGUCAGAUGUAAAUGAUAACAUCCCAGAAUUUUCAUCAAAUCCCCUAGAGCUUUACUUAACUGAAAACAAUCCUCCAGGCGCUUCUAUAUUUUCUGUCAGUGCCUCAGACAAAGAUAUUAAUGAAAAUGCUGCCAUAACUUAUCAUAUCAUUAGAGGAGGAGGAACACAUAAUGAUAUGUCAACUGUUAUGAAUAUAAAUUCAGAAACUGGUGUUAUUCACGCACUUAAGAGUUUUGACUUUGAAACAAUAAAGAAGUUUCAGUUCCACAUACUCGCCACAGACUCUGGAAGUCCAUCUCUGAGCAGUAACGUGACAGUGAACGUGUUUAUUCUGGAUCAGAACGACAACGUUCCAGUGAUCUUAUAUCCAGUCAGCGCUAACGGUUCUGCUGAGGGUGUGGAAGAGAUUCCCCGUAAUGUGAACGCAGGUCAUUUGGUGACUAAAGUCAGAGCCUAUGACGCAGAUAUAGGAUACAACGGCUGGUUAUUAUUCUCACUGCAGGAAGUUAGUGAGCACAGUCUCUUUGCUUUGGACCGCUAUACAGGACAGAUAAGGACCCUUCGCUCAUUCACAGAAACAGACGAGGCCCAGCAUAAACUGCUCAUACUGGUCAAAGACAAUGGGAACGUUUCACUCUCAGCAACAGCGACUGUGAUUGUCAAAGUUGUGGAGCCCAAAGAGGCUUUUGCAGCUCCUGAUGAUAAAAAGGCAGUAAAAGACGAGGAGGAAAACAACGUCACAUUUUAUUUGAUCAUCACUUUGGGCUCGGUUUCAGUGCUUUUCGUCAUCAGCAUCAUCGUGUUGAUUGUAAUGCAGUUCCAAUCUACAGACUAUUCGUCCAAGUAUUUACAGGACGCAAAUUAUGACGGGACUCUGUGUCACAGCAUCCAGUACAGAUCUGGAGACAAACGCUACAUGUUAGUUGGACCCAGAAUGAGUAUCGGCUCUACUAUAGCACCAGGCAGUAAUAGGAAUACUCUAGUCAUACCAGAUCGCAGGAGGAGAGAUUCUGGAGAGAGUUAUGAUUUAUGA